CGGCGGGACGCAGUCGGCACUAUGAGUUGCAUGAUGAUGCCGAGAGUGCAACCAGGAUCCCCGCACAAGGCCCGCGGCCAGAUACAGGUCAUCUUUGGACCCAUGUUCUCUGGAAAAAGCACUGAACUGAUGCGCCGAGUCCGUCGAUUUCAAAUUGCACAGUAUAAAUGUCUACUAAUCAAGUAUGCGAAAGACACACGCUAUUGUGUCAAUGGAGUCUCCACACAUGACAGAAACACCAUGGAGGCCAUGUCAGCUUGUUGUCUCAAAGAUGUCCAGCAGGAGGCUCUGAAUUCCACUGUGAUUGGCAUUGAUGAAGGCCAGUUUUUUCCAGAUAUAGUUGAAUUUUGUGAGACAAUGGCCAAUGCAGGAAAGACUGUCAUUGUGGCAGCCCUUGAUGGAACAUUUCAGAGGAGGGCUUUUGGGAACAUCUUGCAACUAGUCCCCUUAGCAGAAAGUGUGGUGAAACUUAACGCGGUUUGUAUGGAGUGUUUUCAUGAAGCCUCUUACACUAAAAGGCUGGGAACAGAGAAAGAGGUGGAAGUAAUAGGAGGGGCAGACAAAUAUCACUCAGUCUGCCGGGUCUGCUAUUUCAAAAACCGACAACACUUGGUAUCCGAAAACAAAGAGAACCUACUGGGUGGGAAUAAACCCCUGGAUAUUAAUGCCUCCAGGAAAGUCUUGGCUACCCGUCAGAUCAUGCAGUGGAAUCCAUCCAGUUGAACAAAGGAAGCAAGAGAUCUGAUUCCCAGGUGGAUUUAGAGAGACAUUUUUUCUGUCCUUCCUUCUAGCUUUGUAUGGUUAAACUGAUGCCCGUCCAAAACAUCAGAGAGAGUUGUUUUUAUGAGAAGCAACAAGGCUUGAAGACAUUAUAACAUGCUAUGAAUAAGGGUGUUCUAUAUUGAGAACUGCACUGGUUUCUUAGUCUCUAGAGGGAAGAUUUUGUAAUGUCAUUAGUGGCAUUUCCUCUUGCACAAAACUUCCCCAAACGGUUUAAUUCAGAGUUUUAACGGCCAUAAUAGCUAAAUUUACUAACAGCAAGUUGCACUAUGAAACUGGAACAUUAUUUUUCUGAAUCCAUCAAAUUGGGGCUCGAGGGCAGGGGAAUUCUGACUCUAUAUUCAAUAGGUAAUUCAUUGACAAUGAAACAGGCUGUUGGGUUGUAAAGACUGAAUAGAUUAACUGAACAAAAUGUAUUUUUAUUUGGUGCUGUGUAUAUCUGCCUAUAAGUAAAGGUCUGGACUUACAAAGAAAAAGGCCCUUUCUCCAGCCCUUAUAAUCAAGAUAAUAAAGGUUCUUUAAUUGCU